UAGAAACUGAAAAUUGAACCAGUGAUACAUUUCGACCGCCAAAUCCCCAAAAUUCCUCUCGUCUUCUCCCACUUUUAGUCCGUCGACAGAAUAAUGGGCAGCUCAUCCAAGGACGAUUCCGGCAGCGACGGCGAGGCUUCCAGCGGCGACACUCCGCCUCCUGACUCCACCCGCUUCACCGAAGGCGAGCGCGUCCUCGCCUACCAUGGUCCUCGAAUCUAUGAAGCCAAGGUUCAAAAGGCGGAGCAACGGAAGAAGGAUUGGAAAUACUUCGUCCACUACCUUCAUAUUGCCAACAGUUGGGAUGAGUGGGUAGGCGCCGAUCGGUUACUGAAACAUACUGAAGAAAAUGUAUCGAAGCAGCAGGCUCUUCACAAAAAGCAGAACUUAGACAAGAAUUCAAAGUUGGGACGCUCUCAAACGAAGCCCAAAAAUUCUGCUGAUACCAAGACAGAUAAGGAAGAUACAAAAGGCAAUGCAACAAAAGGCAAGAAGCGCAAAGCUGACUCAAAUGCAGAGAAGGACAAUAUCUCCAUGGAAAAGCAAGUCAAGGUCCAAAUUCCAUCCACACUUAAGAAGCAACUUGUUGAUGACUGGGAGUUUGUCACUCAGCAGGAUAAGCUUGUUAAACUUCCAAGAUCGCCAACUGUGGAUGACAUUUUGUCCAAAUACCUCGAGUACAGGUCAAAGAAGGAUGGCGUAAUGACUGAUUCUAUAGGAGAAGUUUUAAAAGGGAUACGAUGUUACUUUGACAAAGCAUUGCCAGUGAUGCUCCUAUACAAAAGAGAGCGCCAACAGUAUCAAGAUGUUAUCAAAGAAGACGUCUCUCCAUCAACAAUAUAUGGUGCUGAACAUUUAUUGCGUCUAUUUGUCAAGCUACCCGAGUUGCUGGCAUAUGUUAAUAUUGAAGUGGAGACACUGACUCGCUUGCAGCAGAAAUUACUAGAUUUCCUCAAGUUUCUUCAGAAGAAUCAGAGCACGUUCUUCCUCUCUGCGUACGACGGGUCAAAAGUUCCGGAAAGCAAAAGCAAAGGCAAAGAUGAAUGAUAUUAAUAACUCUGGUAACCUGAAGCAGUUUCUUAACCAAUUGAAGAGCAUCAUUCCAGGUGUUGUUGUAACGUGUAACAGUUACUAUGCCUAUUCUUUCCUCUGAGGUCUUGUACAUCAGAUUAGAUACUGGAAAGCAUAUUUGGAAAGACAUGAACUGGAGCCAUGGACUGAUUACAUAACGAUUGAAGUGUUUGUUUCAUGACUCUUCUGUCUUGAACCCUCCUCGUCCUCAACAUCCCAUGUACCAUGUAGAAAUGUUGCAUUCAAAAGAUGGGUCUUGAAUUAAAACAAUUGGUUCAAAUCGGAUAAUUUGCGCAAUUGCC